UCAAAGCUCAGGAAAUAAUUAGGUAGAUUAUUCUCCUAACCCACUAGAAGGAGUCUUUAUAAGCCAUAAGAUAUUUUCUGACCGUGUUUAGCCAUUACUGGUUAAAACCGGUUCUGGUACUGAUUUCUGAGUUCUCAAUAACCUCAUAAACAGCACUGCAAUCAUGUCUCCUUGAUCUCUUUGAAAUUUCAUACUCCCUUGACUUCUUUGGAGGAGCUCUCUUUCUCUUAUUUCGUCUUGAUUUGUAAUAUCUUGGCUUCUCAUGAUCCUUAGAUUCUCUCUUUGCUCUAUUUUUCUGUCUUGAGGGUAUCUGUGACCUUGCUUUUGGAAUACCAAUGAUGUCAAUAACUUUCUGUUUAACAUCUUUGUAUUUAUUGUAAGAAUCCACUCUAGAAUUCUCUUCAAGACUCGCUGAAUCAAGAUCGAUUUGGAUUCGUCUCUGCUCAGAAACCUUCAAAGGCAUGGAGUGUUCAGACUUGGUAGACUUAUUCGACUCUGUAGGCUUCAUUGGAUCAUCUCUAGUAGUACCUUCACCUGACAUUCUAUUAAUCUUCUGUUCUUUAAAUAUAACAUUUGUAGCAUCUGUAACUUUUCUGGGUUUUGAGGACUUAGAGAAUUUUUGAAAAUAUCCAGAUUUUGCCUUUUCCUCCCCUUUCCCAAUAAUUUUAGCUUCUUUUGUUUCCUCCCUUCUGUCUAUUUUGGAUUUGGUCCUCUCUUUUGAAGAAGAUUCCAUCCUGGAUGAACUGACUUGGAUAUCUUUUAGAUCUCACUUUAUCUUCACCUUGUUAAAGGGAACGUUGGUUUGACUUCCACGAGAUUUUAUGAUGUCAAUUUUCUCAGUAUGAAGUGACGGAUUUUUACCGAAAUUCUUAGAUUGGAUUAAUUUCACCCUUUCAGCAUGCCUCUUGUGACUCAUUGUGACCUCAUAUUCUCCUUGAUUCAUGAUCUCCUCUCCCUCGUCCUCUUUCUGUGAGUUAAUCUUUUUGAGAUACUCUUUUGUUUCGUCCAUAAUAUCAAUAAUAUGGGAGGCAAAAAGAUUGUGGAUUCUUCUAUCUCAUAUUUUGUUCUUGUCAAAAGGGUCAGACUUCCUAGUAGGAAUCAGUAAUUCCAUAAAGGACUUCUCAAUUGUAUUUCCUGAGGGUAACACCAUUGGGUUUCUCAUCCUCUCCCGAGUGAUAGGGCAUUCGAGCAUAUUUUCAAUUCUUCUGUAAAUCAUCAUGAACAGCUUUUUAAAGCUGAUUUCAGUCCCUUCUAGCUGAGCAGAUUCAUAUUCCUUGAUCUUUUUCAUGACUUCAGACUGCAAUUCCGUCUUAAUUCUUUCGUUCUCCAUUACUUGACCUUCGUUGCUCUUCUUAAGAGUUUCUACUUCAUGUUUCGAAGCUAAAAGAUCAUGCUGGAGUUGGUCCUUUGCAAAGAGAAUUUCGUCAAGAUUUUCGACCACUUUCAGUUUGUUUUCAGCGUUUUUACAGCGAGAUUCCCAAGCAUACUUUUCUCUACGCAAAGCCUCCAUUUCUUUAAUGUGCUGGUUCUUUCUGAAGUCCCAAUUUUUCAUAUUAGAGCGCAUAUUGGUAUUCUUUUCUGAAUACUUUUUGACUUUUAACCUCAAGAUCUUAUUUUCUUGCUCCAAUUUCUUGUUUUUAUCCUGCAAAGAAUUAUUCUGGUACAUUGCGACGGGUUUUCUUUCAGUAAAAACUUCAGAGGGAUCACUAAUCAUCGACAUGGUUCCGCCUUUUUCAUUAGAUUUAGAAAUAUCCAUCCUUUUGAGGUAGUUGAAUUUGAGAAGAAGCCUCUCAAUUUUCAAUAUCUUUUAACUUUAUUAAUUCAUUGUUUAGUUUAGGGAGUUCUGAGAAGUUAUCAGUACCCAUCAACUGUAAUUUUCUAUACCUUUUCUUGUUCAUCAGGGAUUUCAUAUUAACAGU